AUGCCCACCGAGCUCGCCGACCUCCCGCUCGAGCUCCUCGCCCAGCUCCUUGCGCCCCUCGUCAGCCGCCGCGACCUGUGCUCCGCCGCUCUCGUCUGCCGAGCCUGGCGCUCCACCGCGCAGCAGCUCCUCCUGCGCCAUGUGCGCCUCUUUGGCCGAGACCUCGCCAUCGCUCCGCUCCUCUUCCACACCCUCGUCGACCACCCGCACCUCGCCGCCAUGGUCCGCAAGCUCGAGGUCCGCGUCUACCCGCUGUCGAUGAAGCUGCGCGAGCGGCAGGAGAUGGAGGACCUCGCCAUCCGCAUGCUCGCCAACUGCGUCGCCGUCGAGGACCUCGUCUGGACCCGCAAAGGCGCCCUCACCGACAGGGUCUUCGAGGCCAUCGUCGCCCUUCCCAAGUUGCGCAGCUUCGAGUGCAACGCGCACACCAACCUGUCGCCCGGCUCGUGGGACGCCGACCACUUCCUCGACUUGCCACCACUGCGCUCCCUGUCCCUCAUCCUCCCCGACCGCAACGUCGCCAACCUCCUCCCGGCCUUCCUCGCCAAGCAGCGCUCGCUCGCCGCCACGUCAGCCUCGCGGGCCGGCGACGACAACGUCCUCGUCCUCGAGGAGCUCAGCAUCCUCUGCCGCGAGUCGACCGUCAUCAACGACCGGGUCGUCGCCGCCCUCGCGCCCUCGCUCGCCAACAGCCGCCUGACGUCCCUCGCCCUCGCCGGCUGCGCCAAGCUCACCGGCGCGCCACUCGUCUCCCUCCUCCCGACCCUCCCGCACCUGCGCCACCUCGCUCUCGAGGCCUGCGCCCUCGACCCGUCGACCUUCUUCCCCGCCGCCGCACCCAACCUCGCCGCCCUCGAGUCGCUCAAGCUCACCCACCCGGGCCCGCGCCACCCGACCCUCGCCACCUUCCUGCCCGCCCUCGAAUCCCUCCUCGACCACACGCACGCCCUGACGGCCCUCACGCUGUACCACUCGGGCGCGAGCGCGACGGGCCGCCGCGAGUGGCCCGUCUUGCCGCUCGCGUUCGCGCAGCACGUCGCGGCGACGGUCGGGCCGAGAUUGCGCAAGUUCGAGGUGUCGGGCGUGCUGGUCGGCGUCGAGGCGAUCGAGGCGUUGACGGAGCGAGCGAGGAGCCUGAAAAACCUCGUGCUGCACCUCGGCCAGGACUUUGACCUUCCUCGCCUGACGGCAUCUUUUGCACACCUCGCGAGCUUGCGCACGCUGCACCUCCUCUCGCAGCGAGCCGACAUCUCGCCCGACGAUGUUCUCUCGCUCGCCGAGCAGUGCUCUACGACUCUGCGGCAGAUCGGCUUCCGCAACCGCGUGUGGCUCGUCCGCCGCACCUACUCGCCCGCCGCCGACGCGCCCGCUCAGGUCCGGUUUGUCGAGACGGCGGGCGCGUUCGGCGCGUUUCGGCGCAACAGGUACGGCGCCGAGAGCGACGUCGAGAGCGAGGCCGAGAGUGGGGACGAGGUGGGCGGCGCGAGCGCGAGUGCGAGCGACGAGGAGGACGACGAGGAGGACGAGUAGAGCUGGGUCGAGCGCAAGGAGGGAUAGAGACGGAUCGCAAUGCAGAGAUGGCACGAC